AUGGCCAAAAUUCCCGCCCUUAUUACUAAAAGGCUGACUGCCGACCCAUCCGCCCAUGUCUUUCAAGGCAAGCUUUUCCUCUAUGUAUCUCACGACUAUGAUGCGGGGAUUCCUCUGAACUUGGAGGGCGAUCAUUUUGCCAUGAAAGACUAUUAUGUUUAUUCCAUGGAAGAUAUCUACGGUUCCGAGCCAGUUACCGAUCAUGGCCUGGCCCUUUCUGUAGAGGAUGUUCCUUGGGUCUCUCGACAGUUGUGGGCGCCUGAUGCUGCCUACAAGGAUGGGAAGUACUAUCUCUACUUUCCUGCUAGGGAUAAAGAAAACAUCUUCCGAAUCGGCGUAGCUGUUUCUGAAGACCCUGGUGGUCCAUUCAAAGCUGAUGAGAGUUACAUUCCUGGCACUUUUAGCAUUGACCCAGCGAGCUUCACUGAUUUCGAUCAAAAGACAUACCUAGCAUGGGGCGGACUUCAUGGCGGACAGCUUCAGUGCUGGCAGAAUAAGACCCAGUUUGACGGUUCUUGGUCUGGGCAAAAGGAGCCAGAUGAUAACGAGUAUGCUCUGAGCCCUCAGAUCGCUCUAUUAAGCGACGAUAUGCAUACGUUGGCUGAAGCUCCGCGAGACAUGGUUAUCCUGGCACCCGAGACUGGUCAACCUAUCAUUUCGAGUGAUAAAGACCGUCGCUAUUUCGAAGGACCUUGGAUACAUAGACGAGGUGAUAUCUAUUACCUGAGCUAUUCUACUGGUACCACUCGUUACUAUGUCUACGCUACUGCCGACAAUUCUUAUGGCCCAUACACCUAUCAGGGCAGACUACUUGAGCCGGUCUCGGGCUGGACAACCCAUGGUAGCAUCGUCGAAUAUAAAGGCCAAUGGUGGCUCUUUUACCACGAUAGCGAGACGAACAACGGCGUGGAUUGGCUCCGACAAUCCAAAGCGAAGAAGAUUUGGUAUGAUAGCCAAGCCAAGAUCGUUUUUGAGGAUCCAUCUGAGACAAACUAUGUCUGCGCAUGA